AUGGCCAUGGUCGUGGACGUAGUCAACAACAAGGCAGGCAUCCCGGGUUCUGGAAACGUGCCCGUGGCCAUGACCUUCACAACGGACCUGGCCAAGUUCGUUACCGCAGCCCUGACCCUACUGAAGUGGGAGCAAAAGACGUAUCUUAUUGGUGACAAAUUGACGUGGAACCAGCUCGUCGAGCUCGCUGAAGCGCUCAAGACUGUCAAGUCUAAUGUUUGA